AUGUCCCGUCAUCAUGUUCAGCUUAUUGUGGAAAAUCAGAUAAAAAUGCUACGCGGUGGCUAUUUGGACAUUCUUGAAAGCAAAGUACUUGAUAUAGUUCAAAAUCCUGUUCAAAAAGAUGAAACCCUUCAGGAAGUGCGACAUAUGUUCCAUUGUUUAAAAAACAUGUACUCUGGGCUCGAAACUGAAUACUGCAGAUUUAAAACUUUUACAGAAUGUGGUGCUUACAUUAAACCUGAAGCUUUUAUUGUAGGUCAUUCUCUAAGUUCCAAACGUUUACAUGGAUCUGUGUUAAUGGAGUCAACUGAUCUUUAUGGUCAAUUUAUUCCUAUGCGCUUAGUAUUACGUGCAUUUUUGGAAUUACCAGGUGUCUUAAAUAAAAUUCUAUCUUAUAUGGAUAAAUUAGAAAGAUCAGAUGAUUCUAUUAUUGAAAAUUUGAUCCAAAAAAAAUUAUGGAAAGAAAAGAUCAAGCCCAGGUUUCCUGGAAAACUUCUGCUUCCUGUUGGAUGCUAUUAUGAUGAGUUUGAGCCCGGAGAUACUUGCUCUCCUCGUAAUGGUGUUAACAAAAUAGGUGGUUUGUACUAUUUUUUACCUUGUUUACCACCUGAGGACAGAGCUGCUCUAGAAAAUAUUUUCACAGCUCAAAUUGUAUAUGCACAAAAUAAGUACUUUGGAAAUAGUGAAUUGUUUCGCCGCACCCUGCAUGAGUUGCAAUAUCUUGAAACUGAAGGAAUUACUGUAGUAAUAGAUGAUACAGAAACUCAAGUUUACUUUGCACUCGCUGUGUUUUUAGGUGAUAAUGAAGGUGUGCAUAAUGUGUUAGGAUUUACCAAUUCUUUCAAUGCAAACUAUUGUUGUCGAAGAUGUAAAGUUCAAAAAAUUGUGUCUUACACCCAAACACAAGCAAAUCCAUCUCUUCUGAGAAAUCGACAAAAUUAUGCUACAGAUGUAGUCAUAAAUGAUGUUAGCAGCACAGGUAUAAAAUCCUAUUGCAUAUGGAAUGAUCUUUUGGCAUUCCAUUGUACUGAAAACAUUGCUUAUGACAUAAUGCAUGAUCUUGAUGAAGGGUCAUGGAAUUACGACAUGUGUUUAUUGAUUCUAAAGUUAAUUGAGCUCAAACGCUUUACUAUUGAUAAGUUAAAUAAUAGGAUUCAGGGAUUUGAUUAUGGCUAUUGUGAGGCGUCAAAUAGGCCUGGUAUCCUUGAAAUAAAAAAUCUGAAGAAGAGAAAUCUUCCAUUUACAGCUGCUCAAACACUAUGCUUUGUAAGGCAUUUUGGUCUUAUAGUUGGAGAUUACAUUACAGUUGAAGAUAAACAAUUGUGGCGUUUUUAUGAAGUGAUUGUUGAAAUUGUUAACAUUCUUCUUUCUCUAACUGUAAGACGUGAUGAAGGAAGAUUUCUUAAAAAUCUCGUAUCUGAACACCAUUCUUUAUACUUGGAGUUGUUCCCUAAUGAAACUUUAAAACCGAAACAUCACAAUAUGCUUCAUUAUAAUGAAUGUUGUGAAGAAAUUGGGCCUCUAUUAUUUAUGUCAUGUUGGCGCUUUGAGGCAAAGCAUAGACCGUCCAUACAAUAUGCUGGUGCUAAUUGUUGCUACAAAAACUUGCCUGAAACAUUAGCUCAAAAAGCUCAAUUAAAAUUUUGUCAUCGUCUUCUUGCUCAAAAGGGCUUGGAGCCUAAAAUCACAGUAUCAACUGGAAAA